GGCGAAGGGAGUGGGCGGAGGGAGGAGGGAAAAGCGAGGGGCGGAGGUGCGUCGCUUUUGCGACACGACUCCGGCGCGUCAGUGGGGCGCAAGAAGAGAAGCAGCUGAAAGCAGGAAAGGAAGGGAAAGGAAAGGACUUGUCGGACUCCCCAGGGAUGGAGAGCGGCUAAAGUGAUCCCAGGAGCAGCUGAAAGCAGCAAAGGGAGGGAAAGGAAAGGAAAGGACUUGUCGGACUCCCCAGGGAUGGAGAGCGGCUAAAGUGAUCCCAAGCCUCUUCUGGGAAGGCCAUGCGCUGAGGAAGGAAGAGCCCGACCCGAGAGCAGCCAUGGAGAAGGCCGGCUCUCUCCACGCCUCGGUGCCCACGCCUCCGCCGCGCCUCUACCUCCCGCGGCACUUCAGCUGCAGCGCCUGCCUGUAUGGGGGGCUGGGGUCGCGAUGCAAGGGCGGGUGCAGCCCGGAGCCCGAGCCCUUGGAAGCCCUGCCCAACGACGAAGAGGAGGAAGAGCCCGAGAAAGAGUCCUCGCCGCCGCCGCCGCCUCCCCCGCGCUCCCCUUCCCCGCCGUCCUCGCCCUCUCCGUCCCGCGGGAGGGAGCCCACGCUGCCGCUGGUGCCGCCGAGCCCGACCCUCCGCCGCCGCGCCAAGUCCUUACCCACGCCCGGGAAUCGCAGCCUGCGCCCGGCCCUGCAGCAGCAAAGCCCCUCGCGGAGGAAGACGGUCCGCUUCGCCGACGCGCUGGGGCUGGAGCUGACCUCCGUGCGGCACUUCUCCCAGCAGGACGUGCCCCGCGUGCCUUCCCCGCCGCCCCUCCCCGCCUCCCCUUUCCCCUUCUUCUCCCCCUCGGACUUGUUCAAAACGAGGAAGCCUCCCACGCUGGGGGACUUGGAGCCCGUCCUUUUCGGGCCCCCGGCGCCUAUCCUCGAGCCGCUCUUCCCCCCGGCGCCAGGCUCCAGCGCGGGCUUCGCGGAGCGCGUCAAGCAGGGCAAAGUGCGGCUGGAGUGGGUGCGGGCCGAAGCCGGCGGGCUGCGCGGGUCCGUGCGGGUCCUCAACCUGGCCUACGAGAAGGCCGUGUCGGUCCGGUACACGCUCAACCGCUGGGCCAGCUGCAGCGAGGUCACGGCCACCUUCCAGGCCCCUUCUUCUUCCUCCUCCGCAUCCUCCGAUGGGACCACCGACCGCUUCGCCUUCCUCCUGCCCGUGGGGCCCGGCACCACGCAGCUGGAGUUCGCGCUCCGGUACCGCGUGAACGGGGCCGAGUUCUGGGACAACAACGGCGGGAAGAACUACCGGAUGCGAGGGAGGCAGAGGACCCCCGCCGCCAGUGGGAACGAGCCCGACGCCUGGAUACACUUCAUCUGAGUCCCAAGGGAGGGAGGGAGGGAAAGGAAGGAAGGGAAAGGAAGAGGAAGGGAGGGAGAGAAUGGAAGGGAAGG